AUGAACACAUUCAUGGCUGCAGCGCCGAUGGUGUCGUCGUAUUAUCAGCGGUACGACACACAGGGCACGCUCAGCAGCGCCUCCGGUGUCUCAGGGCGCGGCAUCCCCAUUCAGAUUCCACCAGAACUGACCCCAAAGCCAAAGCCGAAGGAGCUGCAUUUCCCUGUGGUUGAUCCCGAGCUCUACAUUCACCGCCGAAACUCCACCAGAGAGGCACUUGGCGAGUUUCGUCGGCUGCGCUUCGUGUGCUUCAAGUUUUACUUUAGCACCGACGUGCUCAUGGGUGCCAUCCCGACGGGCAUCACCGUCGUCUUGAUCAUCGCGAACAUGGCGCUCGUGUGGCACCAAGUAGGUUGGCGCGAGUACAUUUUUACCCUCGGUGUGUUCGCGACUACUCUCACGUCAUCCUUCUUGACCACCUCGAUCGACCCUGGCAUCUACCCGCGUCUGCGGAGCGGCGAAAGAGACCCGCUAGAAGGCAACACGCAGCUCGUCUUCUGCAAAGAGUGCCGGCUGCGCCGUCCUCCGCGGUGCGCGCAUUGCUAUGAAUGCCGUGUCUGCGUGCUUGAGCACGACCAUCACUGUAACAUCCUCGGCGGCUGCGUCGGAGUGCGUAAUCUUCGCUGGUUUACGCUGUACCUGCUCUCCUGCUUCUCGUCUACAGUGAUUGGCGUCGUCUGGCUAACGCGGUACUUCUUCUGCGGCCUCUUCACCCCUAACGUGAACACGGAGGACCAGACGGGUCUGCAGGUGGUGCCCACGCUGCACGCGAGCCAGCAAGGCGGCCGGCCGAGCUUCGCGCCGGAGGAGCACCCCGGCUAUCAGCUGGCUGCCCUGUUUGUGCUGCUCCUUGACGGAGUUCUCAUGAUGUUGGUGGGGGCAAUGUUGUGCGUCUACAUUUACCUCACGAUGACCUCCACCACACGGCGGGAGUCGAUGCGGAAGCAAAACUCCCUCAAGGCGCUGCUGCGGCCGCGAGUGGUGUUGGAAAACUUGAAGAGGCUGCUGAAGCCGCCUCCGUCGCUGCUCGACUCCGACGACCACUCCGAUGAGGAAACGACGAAUCUGAUCUGA